ACAACCAUGUCAUCUCUACUAUCACUCCCUGCUGAGCUUCGAAAUCAAAUCUAUGACCUCCUGUUCAUUGAAACAUGUCCCUACACCUGCCCUACCAAUGACACCUCCACCUCACAGCCGACCCUCGCCGACUUUGGCAAGUCUAGCAGCCUAGACGACGCCGUGUUGAUUCGAGCACAACCACUCCUCCUGACAUGUCGUCAGAUGCACCGAGAAACACAGCUCCUGCAUCUCCAACGCACCUCCUUUGCAAUUGGCGGCAACUACGCUGAUCCGGAAGCUUUCUCGCGUCUCUGCACCGCCAAUCUGCCUGCCCCGCUCAUCUCGCAGCUCAAACACAUCACCCUCGUGGGUCGCAUCAAUCGUCUUCGCGCUCUGAAUGAGUCUUGGAAUGGUGUACCGUUUGGAUGUCAACAUCUCUCACUCGAAACCUUGGUUCUUGUACCGCGACGUCCUGCGCAAUACGAUCGCCAUUACGCCGAGAUUGCAGACUUGGACUCGGCACAUACUCUAUCAUACACACUUUCCGAGACGCUGAAGAAUCUACACAAUGUUGAAAGAGUAGUUGUGAGGAACGAGGACGAAUGCUUCAAUGAAGUCGUGUGGAAGGUCAUAUACAGAAGCAUGAUAAGUCGAUUGCUAAGGUGGGGUGGGAAAUUGUGUAGCUGUAGAUUCAGAGAGGGCGAG